AUGGCACUGUCGUCCUCGCAGAGCUCCUGGGGACUCAAGGGCCACUCUGGAGCUGCAGUGCAGAACAAUGACAUUGAGGCGUUGAAGCAGGCGUGGUUGAAUGAGAAGUUCUCGCCGCAUGUGCUCAUCUUUGAAGACGCGCUGGUGGCAAGAGUCAGCGAGGACGUCAAGGAGCAGGAGGAUGUGGUGGCCGGGGAACUGGAUGACGGGGCUACCUUUAUGACCCGACUCAAGCAACUGGAGCUCGAGAGGGUCAAGUACUUGCUGAGAAGCUAUUAUCGAACGAGGUUGAGGAAGAUCGAGAAGUUCUGCAUGUACAUCCUCAAGAAUCCCGUCGUCCGCACAAGGCUCUCGCCGGCAGAGCUGGAGUACACUCAGAGAUACGUCGAUCUCAUGGCGGAGCAUCUCAACGAGUCCUUCCUCAACGGUCUCCCGGAGAAGCUCCGUGAUCUGACUACCCAGGAUGCAGAAGACGACAUGAUUCCGGCGCCCAACUUUGAUACCCAUGUCUUCUGCAAGGUCGUCGACACCAUCGGCACCUUUCAGCUCGAUCAGGACUCGUCGGUGGAUCUGGAGGAGGGCGAGUUGUACCUUCUGCCCUUCAAGCCCAUCCGCGACCUCCUCCUGGACCAGUCUAUCAUUUUGAUCUGA